UUUCUGCAGCAGUAUCACCACUACCAGUCCCAUGUGGAGAUUUUCACCUUCCAGCCGGACAAGCCCAGUAAGGAGCUGGCCGAGCUGGUGAUGUUCCUGGCGCAGGUCGCCCACUGCUACCCAGAACACAUGGCCAACUUUCCCCAGCAACUGAAGGAGCUGCUCUCCUACCACCAUACGGUCCUGGACGCAGACCUGCGCAUGACGUUCUGUAAGGCUUUGAUCUUGUUAAGAAACAAGAAUCUGAUAAAUCCAACGAGUUUGCUGGAGCUCUUCUUUCAGCUGCUGCGGUGUCAUGAUAAGCUUCUACGAAAAACUCUGUAUACUCACAUCGUGUCGGACAUCAAGAAUGUCAAUGCUAAACACAAAAACAAUAAAGUAAACACAACGCUGCAGAACUUCAUGUAUACUAUGUUGAGAGACAGCAAUCCCACUGCUGCGAAGAUAUCUCUGGAUGUCAUGAUUGAACUUUACAGAAGGAAUAUUUGGAAUGAUGCCAAAACAGUCAAUGUCAUCACAACUGCCUGCUUUUCCAAAGUCACAAAGGUUUUAGUUGCUGGUUUGAAGUUCUUUCUUGGGAAGGAUGAAGAUGAGAAACAAGACAGUGACUCAGAAUCUGAGGACGAUGCUCCCACGGCCAGAGAUCUGAUGAUGCGGUAUGCAACUAAUAAGAAAACCACCAAGCGCAAGAAGAAACUGGAAAAAGCGAUGAAGGUUCUCAAGAAGCAGAAGAAGAAGAACAAGCCAGAGGUGUUCAACUUUUCUGCUAUUCACUUGAUACAUGAUCCCCAAGACUUUGCAGAGAAACUGUUGAAGCAGCUGGAGAACUGUAAGGAACGGUUUGAAGUGAAGAUGAUGCUCAUGGACCUAAUAUCUAGGCUAGUUGGAAUACACGAGCUUUUUCUUUUUAAUUUCUACCCCUUUGUUCAGAGAUUCCUACAGCCCCAUCAGAGAGAAGUGACGAAGAUUCUUCUGUUUGCUGCACAAGCUUCACAUCAGCUAGUACCGCCCGAGAUUAUCCAGUCAGUGUUAAUGACCAUUGCCAACAACUUUGUCACUGACAAGAAUUCUGGGGAGGUCAUGACGGUAGGAAUCAAUGCGAUAAAAGAAAUCACUGCGAGAUGUCCGCUAGCCAUGACCGAAGAUCUGCUCCAAGACCUCGUUCAGUACAAAACUCAUAAAAAUAAAAAUGUGAUGAUGUCUGCAAGAACUCUGAUACACCUUUUCCGUUCUCUGAAUCCAGAGAUGCUGCAGAAGAAAUUCAGAGGAAAGCCUACUGAGGCCUCGUUGGAAGCCAGGAUUCACGAAUACGGAGAACUGGAUGCCAAAGAUUAUAUUCCAGGAGCGGAAGUACUGGAAGUUGAGGGUCAAAAGGGAAAGGGAGGAACCCAAGACGAAGAUGGAUGGGAAAGUGCUAGUCUGAGUGAGGAAGAAGAUAAUGAAGACGGAGAAUGGAUCGAUGUGCCUCACUCUUCAGAUGAGGAGCAGCAGGAAGUAGCGGAGAAGGUGAAAAACAUGCCCAUAGAGGAACGAAAAGCCAAAGCUGCAGCGGUCAGUACAAGCAGGCUGCUAACCCAAGAAGACUUUCACAAAAUACGCCUUGCCCAGCUCUCCAAAGAAGUUAAUUCUGCACCUGGCAAAGCUGCCAAGAGGAAAAUGAUUGAAAUAGAUGAUGAAGAGGAGGAGGGCAGAGGAGAGUUGCUAUCACUCAGAGAUAUUGAACAUCUGCAUAAGAAGCCUAAAUCGGACAAGGAGACCAGAUUGGCAACUGCAAUGGCUGGAAAAACAGACAGAAAAGAAUUUGUGAAAAAGAAAACAAGAAUUAACCCAUUUGCCAGCUCUUCCAACAAAGAGAAGAAAAAACACAAGAACUUCAUGAUGAUGAGAUACAGCCAUAGUGUCCGGACAAAAAAUAAGCGUUCUUUCAGGGAAAAACAGCUGGCUCUUCGAGAUGCACUUCUGAAAAAGAGAAAACGGCUGCUGAAAUAACGAAACAGUCAAGGAGAGUACUACUUAAUCACCCUUGAAGAAA